AUGAGGAUUCAGCCUAAUUCUUCUUUCCGGUCACAGCAAUCGUACCUGCCUCAUGAGGCAAGGCCGGCCCCCAGUCCAACACCCACUCAACAUGCUCUCUCAACUCCACAGCUACCACACCCAAACUCAUCCUUAGCGUGUUCCCAAUUAACUGCAAAGUCGCCGGUCUGCAACGCAGCACCAGCCCUUCACACAACCCUAGGUCCCCUUCCCACACCAAAAUCUCGUCCCUCCCUACUCGGCCGGCUUCCACACCUCGUUUCCCAGCCCGUCUUCCAUUCUCCAAUCCUGCCUAGGCCCUCGUUUGACCCCUCUCCGGAGCCUACCAGUUACCUCACGCACAGAAAUCCCCUCCCAGGCCCCCUCCUUCCCAAACCUCAGCCCCGCCCUACUCGGCCUUGCCCCGCCCUCCCAAUAGUGAGCCCCGCCCCUUGCCCGGGAGGCUCGACCAGGGGCGGAGCCUAUUCCCCCCGCCCCCAAUACCGUCACGCUCAGGGGCAGCCUGACCCCAAGCGGCCCCGCGGUGACCCUCGCGCAGAGGCCUGUGGGAGGGGCGUCGCGGGCUCCCCGCACCCCCUCCCGUCGGUCCCCCGCCCGUCCAGUCUCCUCCCCCUGGGAACGUGCGGGGUGGGUGACAAACCUGGCCGCGCGCCACCACCACCGCGCCUGCCGGGGGCGCUGCCGCUGCCUGAGAAAGAAGCCGCGGCUGCCGCCUGGAGGAGGUGCCGUCGACCCCGCCACCGCUGCCGCCGCCGCCAGGGGUCUGUCCGUCACCCGCUCACUAAGCACUCUGCCCCCCAUUGGGGCAAGUUCCUGCCGGUCAUCUCGCCUCCACAUAGACACACCUCUCGACCCAUCACCCCCCCCAACACCUCCGGCACCACCCCGGGGGAGGGUCGGCUGCCAGUACCAAUCAACAGACCGCGGGGCCCGCCUCUUCCGGGCACCUAUUGGUCCAGCCCUUUUUCUCGCUCGCAGACACCGCGCCACCUCUACUUCCACCUGCCCGCCCCAUCUCCCUCUAGAAAUGGAUUGGAUCUCGGCGCAGCAGAGGCGCUUGGCCUUAUUGGCUGUCGACGACGCCAAUCAGAAGCCUUUUUUUCCUCUCCCCCUCCCCCACUCAACCCCAAAGCCCCUAGCCCGCAGCUAAAGUUUGUCCUCCUCGCCAUCCCAGGCGGAGGGGUGCAAGCCCCCUACCCGCCGGGCUUGCACCCCCUGCUCCGCACUCGCCCGUGUCUGCAAGCACGUGCACCAUUCGCCGCUGCCUCUGGCCACCCUGGUCCCCGGCUAACCUCACCCGCAGACCGGCCAAUCGCUUGCUGCCCUUUGUUGCUGCAGCCCGGGUCUCCCCGCUGCCUUCCUCAGCCUCCGCCUCGUCCUUUGCCAGCCGCCCGGGUCCGCAGCGCCGCGCUCCCCCCGCCCGGGACCCACCGCCGCCGCCUCCUUCUCCGCCUCCUCCUCCUCGGCUCCGGGCUGCGGCGCACAGAGCCCGAGGCAGCGCCGCCCAGCCCCGCUCCCCCCGCGCCGCCCGCUAGCCCGCUUGGCCCGGCCGGGGGCGCAGCCCGGACCCCGCCCGCCCCAGUCUCCGCCCCAGGGGUACCUGCCUCCGCCCCGGGGGGCUCCGCUCACCGCCCUCGGGGGAGGGCGGGGAUGCCGGUGUCCUCGAGAGGAUGGGGACGCCUGGGCCGUUUUGGGGCGGGGAGUGUGUCCGCCAGGUCUGGGACUGAGGUGCGGUCUUCUCAAACGCGCCCCCCUCCCGCCGCCGAGAGCCCCAAACUUCGUCCUUCUCCAGGGCUUCGUACCCUCGGGCGACCGCGGCAGUUUUGGGGUGGGGAUGCCUCAGGAGCUGUGUCUACCCUGAUCGGGAGGAAGAGGGAGCAGUGA